UUUUCUCCUGGGCUUCCAUGGCGGUACCUUGUUAAACUUCCGCAAGACGAAGAAGAAGCUGCAAGCCUGCGAGACGACUCUCAAGCUCGCUACACUCUCUCUCUCUCUCUCUCUCUCUCUUCCUUCGGUGAGCUACGGCUAUGGAGGACGAAGCGGAGAUAUACGACGGCGUGAGAGCUCAGUUCCCUCUCACCUUCGGCAAGCAGUCCAAGCCCCAAACUUCCCUGGAAUCCGUCCACCGCGCCACUCGCCGCCACGGCCCCAACCCCAACCCCAACCCCGACUCCUCCUCCUCUCCUUCCCCUUCUCUUCCCUCUACUACCUCCGCCGCCGUCGCCGCCGCCGGCGAGAGCAGCGGUCUGCCUUCUCUCUCCUCCUCCUCCAGAGCCUGGCUCGAGGCGGUCCGCGCCGGAAACCCUAGGCCUGACCCCGAGGCUGGAAUCGGCUCCCGCCGCGGUGGCGAUGGUGAAGGCGGUGAUCGUGCGGUGAUAGGUCCACCUCGCCCGCCGCCGGGAUUGAUUUCCAAUGAUGAUGGCGGGGGCGAGGACGAUGACGACGACGACGACGACGGGGUUAUGGUCGGCCCGCCGCCGCCUCCUCCUGGGAACCUUGGAGAUGGCGAUGAUGAGGAAGAGGAAGAGGUAAUGAUUGGGCCGCCACGGCCACCGAAUGUAGAUUCGGGCGAGGAGGAAGAAGGGGAGGAAGAAGAGGAGGAGAACCAAUAUCGGAUACCUCUCAGCAAUGAGAUCGAGCUCAAAGGCCACACUAAGGUUGUAUCUACUCUUGCUGUUGACCCCACCGGUUCUCGGGUUCUGUCCGGCAGUUAUGAUUACUCUGUACGGAUGUAUGACUUUCAAGGGAUGAAUUCUCGCCUAUCAUCAUUUAGAGAUUUGGAGCCAUUUGAAGGUCAUCAAGUUCGUAACUUAAGCUGGAGUCCGACAGCAGACCGAUUUUUGUGCGUAACUGGCUCAGCUCAAGCUAAGAUCUAUGAUCGUGACGGGCUUACAUUAGGUGAAUUUGUGAAGGGGGACAUGUAUAUUCGUGACUUGAAAAAUACGAAGGGCCAUAUAUCUGGAUUGACUUGGGGAGAGUGGCACCCUAAAACAAAGGAGACAAUUUUAACAUCAUCGGAGGAUGGAUCUCUUCGCAUAUGGGAUGUGAAUGACUUCAAAAGUCAAAAGCAGGUUAUUAAACCGAAGCUUGCAAGGCCUGGAAGAGUACCCGUGACAACAUGCACUUGGGAUCGUGAGGGGAAAUGCAUUGCAGGUGGUAUUGGGGAUGGUUCAAUACAGAUCUGGAAACUUAAGCCAGGAUGGGGAAGCAGGCCGGACAUUCACAUCGAGAAAGCUCACACGGAUGAUAUAACUGGGCUUAAGUUUUCCAGCGAUGGGAAAAUUUUACUGACAAGAAGCUACGAUGGUUCACUUAAGGUGUGGGAUUUGCGCCUUAUGAAAAAUCCCCUCAAAGUUUUUGAGGAUCUUCCAAAUCACUAUGCCCAGACAAAUAUUGCAUUUAGUCCCGACGAGCAGCUAUUCUUGACUGGAACUUCUGUUGAAAGGGAGUCCACAACUGGAGGCUUGUUGUGUUUCUUUGAUCGAUCUAAACUUGAGCUUAUAUCAAGAAUUGGGAUUUCUCCUACUUGUAGUGUGGUGCAGUGUGCCUGGCACCCCAGGCUGAACCAGAUCUUUGCAAGUUCUGGGGAUAAAAGCCAAGGAGGAACUCACGUUCUUUAUGAUCCCACCCUCAGUGAGAGAGGAGCUCUUGUUUGUGUUGCUCGUGCGCCAAGGAAAAAAUCUGUGGACGACUUUGAGUUAAAGCCUGUCAUUCACAACCCCCAUGCAUUGCCUUUGUUUAGGGAUCAGCCAAGCCGUAAGCGUCAACGUGAAAAGAUCCUCAAGGAUCCAUUAAAAUCCCAUAAACCAGAGGUUCCCAUGAAUGGACCUGGACAUGGUGGAAGAAUUGGUACAACCAAGGGAAGUUUAUUGACCCAAUAUCUUCUCAAGCAAGGAGGUUUGAUUAAGGAAACAUGGAUGGAAGAAGAUCCUAGAGAAGCUAUACUGAAGUAUGCUGAUGUCGCAGAAAAAGAUCCAAAGUUCAUUGCCCCUGCAUAUGCCCAAACCCAACCUGAGCCUGUUUUUGCAAAAUCUGAUUCUGAAGAUGAAGAAAAAUGAUGUCCCAUCCUAUGGUGCUUCUUUUGGAUAAUUGCUGUAGUCGUUGGACACAUGAGGAAGAAAAAUGGUAAUGUUUGGAUUAUGAAGUGUCAAUGUGCAGCUUACCGUACUAGUCCAUCAGUUCUGUCUUGUGUUAUCCCGUGGCUACUUGGCAGCAUUUGCUUGAUUCCAUGUUUUGUUUGAUAACCAGGGAUAGGACUACUUAUAUGUGAAGAGCUAGCAACUAUUGAGACCAUGUAUUGAUCUAGUGGGAAUGUCAACGAAGAAUGGGUUUCUUUACUCAAUUAAUUUGAGUGGUCUGCUGGGUUCAAAAUAAUGGAGACAUCAACUCAGUUUAAAACCAGGAAUUCUCUAGGAAGAAUCUCUUGCAUUUAGCUGGCCUUUUCGAUCAUAUGAUGUGCAGUUUAUAUUAGUAUGGUUCGAGAAAAAGUAAGAGUACAUUUUAACUGCUCUUCUUCAGUCAUGGAGGCUUCCUUUGCUGAGAGAUGUACCUUUAGCGACGUGAUGCAUAGCAGUCCUUCAUAUUUAUGUGGUUUAAGAGAUGGGAUCAAUUGUUUUGCUCCUUCAUCAGAUCAAUUAAGUUCAUGGAACUAAGCUUUUCAUUGUAAUGGGGGCAGUUUCUGCUA